GGAAACCAAGCUCCGGCAACAACAGAGGAAUGGUAUAAAAGAUGAACGCACCAGACAUGAGCCAGGGUUGCCAGCAAUUCUUGAAGAAUUAACACGGUUCAAAUAAAUCUUACAGGAGGAAUAAAGAUGAUGCGUUGGUCUAUUACAACUUUAAUGUUGGUGGCUUGUCUAUUCAAAUUUGGAGAUGCUGUCCCUACCUUUACAACUCCAGCUAAUGGAGUAGGAAGUGUAAACUUGGAUGAGAAUGUAGCUGCUGGUCACAGAGUGAUAACUGUUGCAGCAACUGUAACAACAGGUCAAACUCUUACACGGUUUACUUUGAUAACGCGAAACACUCCUUUUGUUUUAGGAGCAACAACCGGGGUACUUUCAGUCUACAGUCCUACGAUUGAUUAUGAGACUACAAAAACUUACGUAUUAACUAUAGAAGUUGUUGAUAGCUUGCCAUCAACAGCAACAGCUACACUGUCAGUUUUAGUCCAAGAUGAAAAUGAAGCUCCUUCGUUCUCAGCUGCAAGAUACUCCGUAUGUGCGAAAGAUGGUUCUGCAGUAGGUACGACAGUGACUUCUUUUACAGCAACCGAUCCAGAAGACGACGACCCUUUGACGUACAGCAUACAAAGUGGAAACACAGACACUGAUUUCAGCGUUGAAACAUCAUUCCUGGGAACAACAUACCUUACAGUAGCAAAGAUGCUUAAUAGAUGUGCAAAACCAAGUUAUACUCUUGAUGUUCAAGUCUCGGAUGGCUCUUUAACUGAUUCAGCCACUUUUGAUGUAACAGUUUCAACUGCUUGUGAAAAUGGAGCCUCAGCUCGCGUCUCCAGCCUUGCAGCUUUACUUAUAGGUCUCAUCUACGCAAUGGACUUUUCUCUCUUUCGUAAUUAAUUCCUCGAAUUUGACCGGCUAACAAGACACAGAUAUAGUGUAAACUGCUGACAACAUAUUAUAUUUAUAUGUUUGA